AUGGAGGCCCUAGCACGCGGUACUCACUUGACAGGUGUCAACUUUCCCGAGGUCAUCACUUGCCCUCACGAGAUGGUCGCCAUGUGCAUGGCCGACGGAUUUGCCCGCCUGACUGGCAAACCUCAGUGUGUUCUCGUUCAUGUAGAUGUCGGAACGCAAAUGCUCGGAUGUGCCAUGCAUAAUGCAUCGGUGGGAAGAUGCCCGGUCCUGGUCUUUGCGGGACUAUCCCCUUUCACCUUGGAGGGAGAGAUGCGAGGCUCGCGAACAGAAUAUAUCCACUGGCUUCAGGACGCUCCUGAUCAGAAACAAAUUGUUUCCCAGUUCUGCCGCUUCUCAGGCGAGUUCAAGUCGGGAAAGAACAUCAAGCAAGUACUCAACCGAGCGCUCCAGUUCGCUACGAGCGACCCCAAAGGUCCGGCCUAUGUCGUUGGUGCUCGAGAGGUCAUGGAGGAGGAGAUCCAGCCAUAUUACCUAGAGCAGGGUGACUGGCACGCCAUAUCACCGAUUGCCCUUCCGCCUGGCGCCCCCGCACUUAUCGCCUCCCUCUUGGCCGAAAGCGAGAACCCGCUCAUCAUUGUGGGCUAUACUGGCCGGAACCUCGCAACAGUACCCGAGCUUGUUAAACUGGUCGAAGCACUUCCGGGUGUUCAGGUUCUGGAUGGUCUUGGAAGUGACGUCUGCUUCCCGUGGAGCCAUCGGGCCUUUUUGGGGGUCGGCAUCGGUCAUCACCAGGCUAUCCGCGACGCUGAUGCUAUUCUCGUAAUCGACUGCGACGUGCCGUGGAUCCCGACGCAGUGUAAGCCUCGUGCUGAUGCCAAGAUCAUCCAUGUGGACGUAGAUCCUCUGAAACAGAACAUGCCACUGCACUACAUCCCUGCUUUCCGCAGAUAUCGCGCGGAUUCAGAGACAGCUAUUCGACAAAUCAACAACUACGUCUCGACACAUGACCGCUUCUCUCGCCUGCCCGAAAGCGAACCUCACAAGAGGCGCUGGGAUCUACUGGCUGAGACUCACCGCCAGCGGCUGGAGCAAGCCGCGAAGCUCGCGGAAGCACCUUCGGAUGGGUCCUUGCCGCCCAGCACGUCGUACUUGUGUUCUCAACUGCGCAAAACAUGCCCCAGGAAUACCAUCUGGUGUCUCGAGGCUGUCACGAACGCGCCGUUUAUCUAUGAGCAACUUCGGGUCGACGAGCCUGGGCACCUCUUCAACUGCGGUGGAGGCGGCCUCGGUUGGUCUGGGGGAGCGACCAUUGGUAUCAAGAUGGCGUCAGACUGGGCUGCUGGAGGCCCAGGCAAAGGCGACUUUGUAACCUUGAUUGUGGGAGAUGGUACAUACAUGUUCGGUGUCCCGAGUACUGUUUACUGGAUCGCCAGGAGAUACAAGCUGCCAACUCUUACAAUUGUGCUCAGCAACAAAGGUUGGAACGCUCCCCGUAACUCCCUGACGUUGGUGCACCCAGAGGGUUACGGAUCAAAGAUCACCAACGAGGAGCUAAACAUAUCCUUCUCUCCUACUCCUGAUUUCUCUGGCAUAGGGAAGGCGGCAUCUGGAGGGAACGCAUGGGCUGGAGUUGUCUCCUCGGUCGACGAUAUCGGGCGCUUGCUGCCUGAGGCUAUACAACAAGUGCAAGCCGGGGUUUCAGCGAUCCUGGAGGUAAGACUUAAGGGGUCAUGGUGA